AUGGACGAGACCAUCCGGAAGUUGCAGAUGAACUGGCACGGCGUGUGCAACGCCUUGGGAUGCGAUCCGACCAAUUACUGGGACAUCUACCUCCGGCAUCACCAGCACAGCUUGGCUCUGCUGGAAACGGACCAGGUGGGGCUGUUGCACUCUGACAUCCGCCACCGCUUCCUCUUGCAGCACCGCGUCCAGAGGUUCAUCUCCACGCACCAUCACGACUUCAGCUUCGUGCAGAAGUACGCGCGCUUCGGCCAGGAGCAGCCGUCCUCGGAGUCGGUCAUGAGGGACUACCAUGCGCGGAGCAAGGAAGCAUUGAUGAAGUUCGUGGUUCCUUUCGUGCAGUCCUUGCCGGAGGAGCGCGCCGUGCGCUUGGUGGACAGGCAGAAGCUGGCGGACAAGAUGGCCGAAGGCCCAUCUGGUGUGAGUCCUCCUCACGAGGAUGAAGCAUCAGAGAUCGACGACCAGCAUGACGUGGAGGGCUGGGAGGAGGGGGACGACGAGAUCCCAGACCGCGAGAUUGCGGACCACGACAUGCUGGAUGACGUCGAGGCGGAGAACGAGGACGAGGACGGCGACCAGGUGGAGACUUUGCCAGCAGGCAAGAAAUCGCCUCCUGCCCUCGGAAACAGCACGGCCAUGACCCUGAUGGAAGAAGAGGACAGUGAAGGUGCAAAAAGCGGCUGGGGUCGGCGGAGGCGGCGCCGCCGUCGACGAAGACGAAGUCGAAGAAGAAGAAGGUGGUGGAAGAAGCUGGUAGAAGCCGUGGUCAAGGUGGUCGAAGUCAUUGUGGAAGCAUUGAAAUGCGUCGGGGCCACUUCUCGCUUCAUCAACACGGGCUACAGCAGGAGUAUCGGCACAAACGUGGCCUGGAACAUAGGCCUCAGUGCGGGGGCAACUGAACCUUUGGCCGACCUCCUAAAGGGCUACAUUCCUUCAGCUUGGAUCAGCGUAAGCACCGGCUUCGCGGUCGGGAGUACCACGGACUGGUGGUGGGCCGGCGCGGGCAUGAGUGGCAGUCUAGGCUGCAGCAGCUCCAGUGGCUGCAAACUCGGCAUCAACGUGGCCUUGCUUGCGUGCGGCAUCGCCGAGACACCGCACGACAAGGCCUGCCCACUCCCGGACUGGAUUGCAGAUCCCCUCGGCCUGAAAUGCGGCCAUUCCGCCGGCUGGUCUGUCUCCAUCCUGUGCUGCACUUUCAACCUGCACAACGGCGAGAACAACUGCCGCUGA